AUGGGGCGCAAGGUUGGGUACGCUUAUCUGCUGCGGCGCUUGAAUUCGCUGUGGCGACCCAAAGGGAGAAUGGAGCUCAUUGCUUUGGAUAACGAUUACUUCCUGGUCAAAUUCGGGAUCCGCGACGAUUUGGAGGGGUCGUGGAUGAUCCUGGAUCACUACCUGAUCGUGAAGGAAUGGGUGCCUAAUUUCGAUCCGCUUACAGAUACCACAAAAAAAGUCCUUGUUUGGGUUCGUUUCCCUAGCUUGCCGGUUGAGUAUUACAACCUGCUGUGUUUAAGGAAGGUAGGAAACAAACUUGGUCGUACCAUUCGUGUAGAUCAUACUACGAGUUUGGUGUCUAAAGGCAAGUUUGCACGCGUAUGUGUGGAGAUCGAUAUUACUAAACCUUUGGUGUCACGGUUCACAUUGGAGGAUAGGGUGUGGCAUGUUGCGUAUGAGGGAAUCCACCUGGUGUGCUUUUCAUGUGGGUUGUAUGGCCAUCGCCAGAAUUCCUGUCCUACAUGCCCUAAGGAAGGGGAAGCGGAAGAUUCUGCCCCUGUUACGGCAGUAGAGAUGACAGUCCAAAACCAUGACAAGGGUCCUAAUGUGGUAAAGGCAAGGGACGUGAGUGCGGGCAGGUCGUCUCUGCAUGGAAGUCGCCCAUAUGGACCUUGGAUGAUAGCAACCAGGCGUGAGAGGCGGCCGCAGGGAGGCCAACAGGGGCAGGGUCGUCCAGUAGAAGGUGUUCUGCAGAGAGUAAACAUCAGCAAUAACAAGGAGAAAACCCCUGCAACUGGGUCGAGAUUUGCUUUACUGGGAUCCAGAGAAGAGAAUGAGGACGUACCAAACCAGGUUGCAGCUGAAAGUAAUGAAAGUCCUCAAACCGAGUCGAGGCCAGUGGGCCUAGGAGGUAAAUCUAGGAGGGCAAAUGUGGUCGUUAACGAGAAACAAAAUAAUGAAAGGGAUUCCCCACGACUUGAGUUGGAGAAAGGAAAAGAGCCAUCUCAGGGAAGAAGAACUACUGGGUCCAGUUCCAGACGGACAGCGGAGGAGGAUGAACAUGUGAUCAAUCGAGGGGCUCAAGGAGGAAAGGUUAUCCGUUCUACGGUGAUCCAGAAUGGAGAUUCCAUCGCGGCUGACGUUCCUGUGAACACUCGGCCUCCUACUGACCACCACGAGGAUCCCCCGGGUGGGGUUGACCAUGAGGGCGACGUUAUUAUGGAUGAUGACUCGCCGCAAACGACGCUAGCGAUGGACGGGGGCGCUGCUUCCCCUGCAGUCUAG